CGGAAGUUCAAUGUAAAAGUCAACCAACGACUGUUGUUUACAUUUUUUUUGCGAACUAAAGUGAAAUUUUGUUUAAAAUAAUGAAUUAAAGUAUUCUUAAAUAACUAUGGAACCGUGCUUGGCGACAGUUUGUGACAGUUGUGGUAAGCAAUUUUCUAACGUUUAUACAUUAAAUGCUCACAAGAGACAAGUACAUGAAAAUAAGAAACCUUACGAAUGUAAUAAAUGCACAAAGUCGUUCUCAACAAAAUACAAAUUAAAUAGACACACUCAAGGAAUUCACUCUGAUGUUCGAGAUAAGUUUUGUGAGAUUUGCGGACAUGCAUUUAAGACACGAGAAAUGUUGAUUAAGCAUCAUCGUACACAUUUUAAAGGACCUUUUACUUGUCAAAAAUGCAAUGAAGUUUUCAAGUAUAAAGCAAGUUUUGAUUAUCAUUUUAAAAUUAAGCAUGAAACUAAAGAACCUAGCGAGUUAAAGACUAAUGAUAAAGUCAAAAGCUUUGAAUGUAAGAUAUGUUUAAAAGUUUACAAAAACUUCAAGUCUCUUCAAAAUCACGAAGAAAAUCAUAACAAAGGAUCUGAAAAUAAAGUCAAAAGAGCUGCACUAGAAACUUUCGUAUGUUAUUUCUGCAACAAAAAUUUUGAUCAUAAACAGGAUUUUGAAGUUCAUUUGACAUCACAUGAGGACGAUUUAGAAUAUAGAAUUGAAAGUAUGAUUGUUGAGGAGUCGUCUGACAUCAAUAAUAUAAUAAUAGAGCAAGAGUCUGAAAUGGAAUAUAUACAAGAAGACAGUUUAGAUAUUGCUGAUAGAGCAAUUAAGCAGGAACAAUUACCAGAAAUUAUUGUUGAUGCCUGUCAUUCUUUUGAAGAGGUCACAGAAACUGUUGAUGCACUUAUUAAAGAAGAAAAUGUUGAUCACCAAAUUAUUAGCUUCCAUUCAUUAGAGUUUAAACCAAAGCAAAGGAUAAAAAAGGAAAAUUUUGAGAAAAUUAUUUGUGACAUUUGCGGAAUGCUUUUCAUGAAUAAAUCACAUCUUAGACGUCAUCAUGCAAGAAAACAUCGUGACAAAAGCGAAUUUAAAUAUGAAUGUGAUAUUUGUGCUGCAAAAUUUUUACUCCGUUACGAUUUACAAAGGCACAUGAUUAAACAUAAUUCAGUCCGUGACAUCGAAUGUCCACAAUGCCAGAAACAAUUUAAAACCAAAUCAUCACUAGAUUGCCAUAUCAAGUCCAUUCACGAUAGAAGUAGAAGUAAAUCAGAGAAACAAUUCGUUUGUAACAUUUGCUCACGAUCUUACUUUCAUAAACGACAUUUGGAUUAUCAUACAAGAAAGCAUACAGAUGAUCGAAGAUAUGGAUGUGAUAAAUGUGAUAAAUCAUUUCUGUACAGUGAUGCAGUAAAGUGGCAUCAAAUAAGAGUUCAUAAAGAACCACCUCCCUUCGUCUGCAAUCUUUGUCAUAAAAAGUUUAUACAUUUUAAGACUUUUGAAACACACUCAAAGGAGCACAAUGAAGAAACAGGAUCAUUGUCUGUGACGUGUCCGAUUUGUAAAAAGAAAAUAUCGGAAAAACGGCAUCUACCUAGGCACGUACGUACACAUUUAAAGAAAGGAUUCAGUUGCCAUUUUUGUCAUGAGUCAUUUAAAGAGAGAUUUCAACUUACAAAGCACUUGUUACAGUGCGAAGAUAAGCAUAACAAAGAGGUGGAAAUUAUCUAUGAAUCGUUUGUUGAACAGGAAUAAUAGAACAUGAAAUAACAUUGGAAUCGAAUAA